UUGGCAGAGAGGGGUGGAGGACACUGAAUGGAGGCCAGUGGAGGGAUUGGCAGAGAGGGGUGGAGGACACUGAAUGGAGGCCAGUGGAGGGAUUGGCAGAGAGGGGUGGAGGACACUGAAUGGAGGCCAGUGGAGGGAUUGGCAGAGAGGGGCGGAGGACACUGAGUGGAGGCCAGUGGAGGGAUUGGUAGAGAGGGGUGAAGGACACUGAAUGGAGGCCAGUGGAGGGAUUGGCAGAGAGGGGUGGAGGACACUGAAUGGAGAUCAGUGGAGGGAUUGGCAGAGAGGGAUGGAGGACACUGAAUGGAGUCCAGUGGAGGGAUUGGCAGAGAGGGGUGGAGGACACUGAAUGGAGUCCAGUGGAGGGAUUGGCAGAGGGGGGUGGAGGACACCGAGUGGAGGCCAAUGGAGGGAUUGGCAGACAGGGGUGGAGGACACUGAGUGGAGGCCAGUGGAGGGAUUGGCAGAGGGGGGUGGAGGACACUGAAUGGAGGCCAGUGGAGGGAUUGGCAGAAAGGGUGGAGGACACUGAAUGGAGGGGAGGGGGGAUGGGGUGGAGGGGGGAGAGUAGUAAGAGGGGAGGGGGAGUGGGGUGAUGGGGGAGGUUAGGGGGUAGUAAGAGGGGGGGGGGGUGAAGGGGAGGUUAGGGGGUAGUAAGUGGGGAGGGGGGAUUGGGUGAACGGGAGGGUAUUAAGAGGGGAGGGG